AUAUGCAGAUUGAAAAACUAAUACGAAAUUAAUAAUCAGCCUUUGUGACGGAUUUAUAUAAAUGCUAACACUUUCCAGUAAAACACAAUCAGUGCAACAAUGGAGUCCGUGACAGCAGAACCAAUGACUAUCAUUGCGACAACUAAUUCGAGUGCUAUUACGGGCCGAUUGAGUGAUUUUUUACAAUAUAGGAUAGCAGUGAAGGUCUGGCGUGUCUCUUUGCCAACCCUUAUGGUGGUCGGGAUCUUGGGAAAUAUCCUUAACAUAGUUGUGCUGAGACGUCAACGUUAUCGAGAAUCUCCAACAAGCCAGAUUCUUUUGCUGCUGAGUAUCUCAGAUAUUCUCUGUCUUGUCAUUGGCCCGACUAGAUAUGUCCUAAUGUUCAUCACAGGGAAAGAUUUCACCAGCACCUCGAAUUUUUACUGUAAAACAUAUCGAUUCUUCAAUUAUCUUUUUACCGACUUUUCCGCUUGGCUGGUGAUGUUGGUGGCGAUAGAACGAGCGGUUGCAGUAGGCAUUCCCCAUAAAUUGCGGAUCUACUUCACUCGGUUGAGAAUAUACGGCGUAGCUUUGUUUUUUGCUAGCUUUCUUGCUGCCGUAAACUUUCACUUCUUUAUCACGUAUGAAUCUAUACAAGGGUUGAACAACACACAACUCUUCUCAUGCGGAGUUAGCGUCCACGGCGACCAUUAUCACUUUGUUCGAUAUAUUUUCCCCUGGAUUGACCUCUGCGUGUUCAUGAUAAUUCCUGUCAUCGGCGUCAGCAGCUGCAACAUCUUCAUUAUCAUCGCUUUGGUGGUGGGAAAGUAUAAACGCAUGAAUAUGAUCCAAGGCGGUGUCCAACCGAAGAUGACAUCAAUGACCGCCGUUAUGUUCGCCAUUAGCGUAUUCCUCGUCGCAGCAGUAACACCAACGGUUGUUUAUCAAUUCAUUUAUCCUGAUUUAUUUCGACUCCAGAGCGAGGGGAAUAUCGAAGCGGAGGUUCAGCUCUUUGUAUUGGCGAUAUAUAGUGUCGUGGCUGUGUAUGGUAACUGUGCCGUAAACGUUGUUCUUUACUCGGUUUGCACACGGAAGUUUAGAGCUGAGGUAAUGUCGAUGUUCAAAAGAAAGAACCAGGUUGGCCCUGUUACACAAGAUACGGGAGCACGCACUGGGAGUCAGAACACGGAAACAGCAAAUGUGGCUUAAUGCUUAAAUGUGCAGGCAUAUUUUGAUGGUAAAUACAAGUCCAUUUUCAAACAUCAUUGAUACUCAAUUA